AUGACUCCGCGCAUCCGCCUACAAGACGAGGAACACUACGAGAAGCUUUGCGGAGAGAUUAACUCUGUCAUCAAGAUCAAAGUUUUCCCCAGAGGUCCAGUAGAUUAUGGGAAACUGUGCCGCGCGGAAAAUCGGACAUAUCUCUGGGUAGAGCUUGUUAUUGCGUGCAUUCAAACAAUAUUCUGGCGGGAGCCUAGCCAGAGAAAGCAGGUUAUCCCAUCACUGCCGGGUUCUGUGAGUGAAGCAUACGCAAAAAUCCUCGAAGGGGUGUCAAGAACCGAUAUCCCUCGAGUGAAAAGGGCCGUCCAGAUAAUUGUGGCGGCAAGGCGGUCUCUAAGUACCAAGGAAAUGGGCAUAGCAGAGCCCAGCAGUUGCACGUCAAGAACAGAUGCAAACGGAACAGCCGCUCUAAUUUGGAGCUCGUGGGCCGGGCAAUACAAUGCCUCAGAGCCGCUGCUGAAAGAAAAAGCAGACGUGAACGUCUCCAGUCCGCUAUACGGCACGCCGCUACUCGUUGCUUCUCUGAAAGAACACAUCAAAGUUGUUAAGCUAUUGCUGGACAAUGGAGCCGAUAUAAACUAA